UUUCGUAAGAGGCCCGGCAGAACCAGAAGUGCUUUUUUUUAUUGAUUGGUGGAAAUAGAGCGGAAUAAGGGUUAAGACAAGUACUUAGCUAAAUAGAUACAGAUUCGGUUCGCGCGAGACCAGAAUUAACAUGUCUCCUGCCAACGGUGACUUGGCGCUGCUUUUGUCUCGGCUGGUGCUCAACGUGCCAUACGACACGGCAGCGGUCGAUCCUGAGUUCGCUUCACUUGUGCGCAAUGACGCGCUGACGUGCAUUAUCGUCUGCAAAUGGCAACACAAGCAAUCUUCAGCGCUCGCGACGGCUUUACUCAGCGCCCGCGGCCAAGCUGCGUGUCCACCCGGCACGGAAGGCAAUCCAUUUUCGCGUGCGGCAAGCGCAGCAUCGGUCGUACACGAAAAUUCGGUGGUGUACUACUGCAGUCGCUCCACACGCAGCUUUGGUUUGCAGACCGUGCGGAUAAAUGGGGCUCCAAGUAAUACUGGAGGGAGGGCUGCUAAUCAAAAACGGAGAGACAGAAAGGUUCAAGAUGACUCGUGCGAGCCUUCUACCGGAAAUUCGAAGAAGAGAAUUCUGAUGUCGGACCAUGAUCCUGGGAUGAAAGGACAUUACAUCGACCGCAAACGGUUGCACAUUCUGCGACUUACCUGGCAGCAGGGUUUCGUGCUUGAUGUUCGAGAGAUCGGCGUAAACCCAGUUGACAAAACGGUUUCGUUUACACUGCGAGACAGCGCUCCCCUGUCUCAAGGCCAUUUUGACGAGAAGAAGCUGCACCGAGCCGUGCGAGACACGACGCGCUCAGAGCGACUCGCCCGCAACGAAUACGGGAAUCCGCACUUUCCGAGAGAAGACUACAGGGAUACGAAAGUCGCACGUGGAAAUCGUGUGCCGCUCGUUGUUGAGACAGAGUAUGGCGUUGGCGGCGGCGCGAGCAAUGAAGCAGAAGAUAAUAGAAGUGGAACUGCCGCUUGCGAUGUUGCGCCACACAUACCUAGGACACGCAGUGGGGUGGAUGUUGAGUUCGCGGACCCUUUCGGCGAGGAGCGGCGCCCGCUGCGAACAGCUGUUAUGCAGGGACUUGCCUUACCGGAGAGGGAAUCUUUGGUUCUGGAGGUGUACGUGUUCAAACCAGAGACGAACACAACGGUUUUGGGUGCUUCUGGAGUCACGGGAAAAGUCGUUUUCCAGUUCAACUGUGCACUGGAUACUAACCGCCUGAGACGCAAUGCCAAAUACCGCAUCUCUGAGCGCGCUCGGCAGCGUCGCGCUCAUAAUUCGAAUGCGGUCGUGGACCCGGAUUCGUUAGACGCGUUAGAGAGUGGUGGAAACGGAGGAAAUUCAUCAGGUGGCGUUCAAGAGACACUUCGCAUAGCAGAGGCUCAAGAGAACCGAUGGCGUUCUCGGCCGCACUUGCGGCCAUUCUGCGAACUGGAAGUCGAGUCGGUAGAUGCAUUGUACGGCACUGAGGAGAGCAAGCUGAGUCCGCGGAAGAAACGGCAGAAAGUUCUAGAAGAGUCUGCAAUUCAACGCGCUGAAAAGGCGAGGGUAGCGAAGUUAGAGAUGAAAUCUCGGCAGAGCAGGGGUCGAGCGGGAAGUGAGGAUAGCACAGGGGGAAAUGAUUUUCAUGCUGAUCAUGAGGACUUCAUUGACCAGCAAAAUCAGUUGGCAGAAUCUUCACAAACCGGCCUGUCGCCGACAGGUCGUGAGCGAUUUGUGGCAUCCUCCAAGCGAGCCGGCGGCGGCGCAAAUCCGGUGACGUAUCGCGGCAUCCAGCGCGCACUGAUCGACGGUUCGCAAAAGUGCUACUCUCUAGCCUGGACCCUGGGGCGGCCGCGCACGCUGAGUUACCACUUCGGGGACUCUCGCGCGUUCCAGAAGAUGACGUUCUGGGACCUCGUGAAGCUGAAAGCGAUGCAGAAAACGGCUCUUAGCAAACCCAGGAGAGGGCGCUGGAGGAACAAGAAGGGUCGUAGCCGCGUUACGCAGUCAUUCUCGCCGCCGAAGCGCAGAGGCUGGUCAGCUGAAACUAGAGACGCCGCACCGCGUGCGCAGCGCAACAAGGUUGAUGCUGAUUUUCUUCGCAGCAUGCAAUACGAGCAUGUCUACAAGACGGCAGAAGUGCACUCUGCGGCCGAGCAAGUGAAGAAGUACUACUAUCGCGCGGGCUACAAUAACCACUUGCUGAACCCAUCAUGGUUCUCAGGCUUCCAGCGCGAAAGCUGGCCGGCGAAGGAGUUCUACGUAAAGGCUGCUGCGGUGGAAGAACUCGACGUUCUCUCAGAUGAGUCGGCACCGGAUAGCAUCUUCAACGAAUCCUUACUGGGUGAUGACGUGGCGAAUAUGCGAGACCUAGAUGCGGAGCUCGAGGAAAUCGACGCAGAGAGCGACGCGGACGAGCCCUUGCCGCCUCCUUUCGAAACACGACGCCGCAUUGCCUUGGACCACACGUGUGCGUAUUUGUCGCCGUUCUAUUGGUGGGCAGUGGACCGUGCGCUGGAUCUGGAGGCAGCGCGGGCUGUGGUUGCCGGUUGUGUGAAGCAGGUGCAGAGCGAAGUUGUUGCAGAUGAAGACGCUGAAAUCGCGACUGGUUUGUUAGAGGACAUCGCUGCUAGCGUGACGCGCCGUGUCCUUGAAUUGGAGAACGGCGGGAUAGCUGAUGCGGCCAUCCAGAGGGCGGUUCAGCGCAUUCUGAGUCUCGAUGAAGACGAUACUCCUGAGCAAGAGGAUCAACAGGUAGAGGUAAAUGGCGAUGCAAGAGGUUCGUUCAAGGAUCGCUCCGGAGUAAAAGUGCAUGCGUUUGGGGAACCGAUGCACGACCUUCCGGAGCAUAGUUCCAGCGAGCACGAGCGGCGCGCCCCCACUCAUAAUGCUCCUUCCUGGACUGGCGUUGAGGACGUCGAUAGCCUUUUUACACCAACGAACUCAACAUCGUCGCGACGCAGCACUAAGUCACGGCGUGAGCAGAUCCUUCAGGCGACCGCAGUUGACGGCAUUCUCGGUGCCGCGGUGGCGGGUGCCUUGCGCACUCUGAAGCACGAGCAUCAGGUGAUUGCCCGACGCACCUUGAAUCGAGUGUACUCUAGCGUGGUCAUGAAAUGCCGGGAAGCGUGCGAGGCGGAAGCACGAGAAAAAGAGCGACUCCGCCUCGAGGAGCUGGCGCGCGCAGAGUUGCGUCCCUCGACCUGGGGUUUGCCGCGCGAAGACCAGUUCUGUGUUCACAGCAUUGAUACUGGUGAUCAUGCCAGUGUUGUCGCUGCAGAUGCUUACGGGCCGUACUCAUUAGGUUGUGACGGUGUGAAAGUCAUCGAGCAUCUUCGCAACUACCAUGAGGGGGUGAAUAUGGAUGGUGCCGCUGGCUUUGGGUCGCUAUCCGGCGCUGGAGGGGAACAGAUUAUGGACGACGUGGAGGCAGCGUUUGUGGCGCAGCGCGAGCGCCGAGAGGAUCGCGCACGACGUCGCACCCUUCUGCGAGAAGAGCGCGGACUUCGAAAACAGAGCAUGCGCGAUGCUCGCCGCUUCCGCAAGAACCUGCAAAAGCGUCUCGAGUUCCUCGGAUCGGCGCACGGGCUUGAACUGCGGGAGUUCGAAACCGAGAUUUAUGGGUCUGAGUUUGGCGUCGCCAACCCCGACCGCGGGCGUCGAGGACCUUCAGUCCGAGAAAUUGUCUAUCGAGAGGCGGAUGCGCGCGUGCGCUCUGCAAAUCUACGGGACGUCGUGACUGCAAAUGGACGAAGUGUAAGCCGAGGUUACAACUAUCCACGCGAAGAAGUAGAAGGGAGAGAUGCGGGGUCGGGCAUACGCGAUGGGCCUUCACCAAGUACAGCAGGAGGACUGCAAGCGGCUUCACUGUGUCCGCCGCCGCCAGUGAUAAAACAAGCACCUCCAGGGGUACUGUUAACGCGGAAAAAGAGCACUACAGUUGGUGAGACAGACCUGUCAAAAACAGGAGCCAGGAAAUUGCAAAGUAGAAGACCUUCGAGGCCUGCAGUUUUCGAGAGUAAGACGACCAUGUACGAUGUAGAGGGCAAGAAGCACAAAAUUUCGCAACACGAGGGUAUCCAGCUGACAGAGGGGCAGCGGCGCGCACUGGCAAAACAGCAUGGGACGCAUUUUAAGUUGACGGAGGACGUCGUAAUUCGGAAGUCAGCUACUCUUGGAGCAAGAGCUAGAAGGAGCAAUAAUGCAGGGAACAGUGAAGCGGAGUUGGUGCUUGCUAAGGCAACAGGCGGAAAGCCUAGUGCGUCGAAGUCUAGAUCAAGCUUGGGGAGCAAAAAUGAAAACGAUCCAAACUUCGUCGAGUUUCAAGUUCUGCGAGCUGCCAGACCUAGGCUUCUACAGUGCGAACAAGAGGAAAACGUGUCGAGACAGCGCGAGGGAAGGAAGUCAGCGGAAAGUACUUCUCGAUUCUUGAUGUCAGAGUUAAUUGAAAUUAUCGUUAAUUAUCCUUUCUUCUUGAUGCGUUGCCAAUCAUUGAACCCCAGCACGUAGUGUCACUGGCUUCCUGUUUUGGCGGCUGAGUAGGUAUAGAGGUUCGCCUUUGCUCCGUGAUUCAAUGAGCUUAUCUUUUCAAUAUCCAAGACUCAUCUCUGACAUCGACAGAAUAUUACCUUGACCGGUCGUCGUUUUCGUGGGAGGCACCGGCAGCCAAGACUGACGUUUUCGCGAGGGAAAAGGAGGCAAUGCUGGAAGAACUGCGAGCCACCGCAAAGGACACUCAAUCUCGUGGUAGGGCGCGUCUCGCCAGCUCUGAUUUCGAUAGAAGUCUUGCGCUCUUCUAACGUCGUGGGUAGCUCAAACAUAGUGAAAAAUGGUUAAUCAAUCAUCACGGCAUCGAUGUCUGAUGAUCAUUGUUGACAUGCUGAACAGAGCGGCAACUUUUGAGCGAUUAGUGACCCGAUUUCUGCAUUGAAUAGACGAUUGCACAGUGACCUGCUGAAAAGAAAAAGUAUGCUUUGGGCUCUCUGAUUGUGAAGUCCUCCAUCCAGUUGUAUUCAUAAUUAUACAGCCACAACAAUGAAGUUAGAAGACUUCUGUGGUUAGAGUGAAAGAGUGA